UCUAGUGCCCUACAGUCUACUGUCUAACUGAGGCAAAGGUGUGUCUGACCGAAUCAAAAAUGUGUCUUUUGCAGUAUGCAGUGGUCAGUAUCUAUGCGAUGAGCUGUUCAUUGCUGAGCAAUUCAAGCUUGUCCUUAGAGAGCAUGUUAAAACCAUUCAGUGCCUGAUGUUUGACAUUUUUAAUCUGAGAGUUGACAAUAUUGACUGUCAUGUGACUGACCUUUGUCCAUAAUUAAAUACAAUGUUGUUCACCACUCAUGUUAUCCCAGUGUUAGUCUUUCUAAUAAACUGUCAAUGUGGACAUAUACUUUCUAGCAGGCUUUUGUGUGCGUGAUUCCCAACCAAUGUCCGAGGUCGCAGCCACGUAUUCGCGUGGUGACGUCACAAAACAUGGCAGUAGUUUUGAGAGUUGAGGGUGUAACACGCUUGGCAUUUACUCAUACAGCGACUGAACUAACUCCGCCUGUUUAUACGGGUACGACAUUUUAGCGACUUGUCUGUUUGUUUAUAGGAGCUGGUUCUCUUGACAAACAGCGGCCGUUUUCUGUUCCGUGUCCGUCGCUCGACUGUUUCGACUGCGAUGGACUGAUGUGUGUUUGUGAGCUGUUGCUUGGAUAUUUCAUCUCCCUGACCAGCUGAUAUAUGUCCGCCAGGCGGGAUGAAUUUAGUCUGAGUUACCCAAUGGGCCGGAGACAUAGAGCGGCUGCAGCAGGCGAUGGAGAGAGGAACCUCAUCGAGUCCUCGCCCGAGGACGACGCGUCAGCCGCGGAAUGUUUGGAUCGCGAACCUCCGACGCCUGGCUUCGUCUACAUCUUGGCUUUCUUCUCCGCUCUUGGAGGCUUCCUGUUCGGGUACGACACUGGAGUGGUUUCCGGGGCCAUGCUGCUCCUGAAGAAGGAGAUGAACUUGGACACGCUGUGGCAGGAGCUACUGGUGUCCAGCACGGUCGGGGCUGCCGCUCUCUCCAGCCUGUCAGGCGGCGCUCUGAACGGCUGGCUGGGACGGAAGGUCUGCAUCCUGGGGGCAAGUUUCAUCUUCAGCAUCGGCGGCGUUCUUCUCGGCUUGGCCCCGGACAAGGAAGUGCUGCUGGUUGGAAGAGUUGUCGUGGGUUUGGGUAUAGGUAUUGCCUCAAUGACGGUUCCUGUUUACAUCGCAGAAGUUUCCCCUCCUCACCUCAGAGGUCAACUGGUCACCAUCAAUUCUCUCUUCAUAACUGGAGGACAGUUCAUCGCUAGUGUGAUGGAUGGAUUUUUCAGCUACUUGAGCCAUGACGGCUGGAGGUACAUGCUUGGUCUCUCUGUGGUUCCAGCAGCUAUUCAGUUCAUGGGCUUCUUCUUCCUCCCAGAGAGCCCUCGCUGGCUUCUCCAGAAGGGCAGGAAGCAAGAAGCCCAUCAGGUGAUCAGCCGAAUAAGAGGAGGAAAGAAUGUAGAAGAGGAGUAUGAUGCUAUCAAAGCCAGCGUCGAGGAGGAAGAGAAGGAGUCUCAUGGCGACAGGGGAUUUGUGAUUGUGAAGAUGCUCCGCUACGGUCCCACUCGCAGGGCUCUCUUUGUGGGCUGUGGCCUCCAGAUGUUUCAACAGCUGUCGGGCAUCAACACAGUCAUGUACUACAGUGCCACUAUCCUGCAAAUGGCUGGCAUACGGGACGAUAAACAGGCUAUCUGGUUGGCCGCUGUGACCUCUGGUACCAACUUUGUCUUCACCUUGGUGGGAGUGUGGUUGGUGGAUAGAGUCGGCCGUCGGAAGCUCACCCUCGGCAGCCUCGUAGGAACUGCUCUCAGUCUGGCUCUGUUGGGUGUCGGCUUCUUGCUUUCAGCCUUGAACUCACCACCAGUCACGGUUCACCCAGUUGACUCUCAAAAUUCAACCUGUGCACUGUACAGAUCCUGUGAACUCUGCAUGUUGGACCCAGAUUGUGGAUUCUGUUAUCGCGACAACUUGACCAGCGUGUACGACUCGUCCUGCCUGCCUGUCAAUCGGCUGACCACAGAUCACUCUGCAGUUGGAGGUUGUUCCAACAAGACGGAUGCGGCAGACAGUCCAAUCUGGGCCUACAACUACUGUCCCACAUCGUACUCCUGGAUCAUCCUCAUGGGCCUCAUCCUGUACCUGGCAUUUUUUGCACCUGGUAUGGGUCCAAUGCCGUGGACCGUCAACUCCGAAAUCUAUCCACUCUGGGCCCGCAGCACCGGCAACGCCUGCUCAGCCACUGUCAACUGGACCUUUAAUGUCUUGGUGUCGCUUACAUUCCUAAACAUUGCAGAAGUACUGACCUAUUAUGGUGCUUUCUUCUUAUAUACUGGCCUGGUUGUGCUGGGUCUACUCUUUGUCCUGGGCUGUCUCCCUGAGACCAAGGGUCUGCAGCUGGAAGAGAUCGAGAACCUGUUCACCGGCCGCCUCUGCUCCUGUGGAGCCUCCCGGCAAGACCACCACAUCCAGUACAUUCGGCAUGGUUCCAAUUUAAGUCAAGUCGGCGAGAUGGAGCUGGAGGGUUCAGUGUCAUACAUAACACUCAAAGAAUGAUGGUCAUCUCUAUACAGAACAGUUGAUACCAUCCGUAGCUAAUACAUCUGUGAAUCCAGAGGCAAGGUGCAACGCAUUCAAUCCAUACAUGGAGAUCUGUGAUGGUUAAGUCAUGAAUGAUCUAUGUUUUCAAAAUAUAACCAGCUAUUGAUUGAGGGAAGGUUUCAACAAAUCAUUUGGAAGUAUCUUAAACCUUAUUUCUUUUGUGCUUGGAUUUCUUCAAACCAGUGAGGUCUAUGAAUCAUAAAACAUAUCUACUAGUAUGAGUCCAGUUUGGGUGAAGGGUUAAAUGCAAUUUUACAGUUUGUGUCGCAACUCUGAGUUAUUCAUAGUAGACCCAGUUAUUUGGUAGAAUUUCACAUUUAUUACAUUACACAUACAGACGACAAGGCACGAGCAACUGCAGCUGGCUCUUUUCAUUUUCUCAUUUUGGCUAACGUUUGUUUUUUUUUUUUAGCAACCCAGCAGUGAAUUAGUAGACGGUUUAUUUAACUUUAUAUUUUGAAACCGCAAGGUUUCUUGGGGCAAGAAAGUGAAACACCUUAAUGACAACUACAUUAGUUGAUACAGUUAUUUAUUAUUUUAUACAUAGUUGUUAUUUGUCAAAGAAUAUUACGGAAUACAUUCAUGGGCAACAAAAUAAAAAAAUAUUGUUUAUAUACAUAUGUAUACAGUAUAUAAAAAUAAUAAUAAUAAUAAUAUCCAGUUAGUUCGUAAACGCAAUUUAAACAAGUGGACACCAGGGAGCGCUAACACUUCACUUAGUUUCUUCAGUUACGCCUUCUAGGCGUCAAGCUGACGCUGUUUU